UUUUUUCUGUUUUUUUUUUUAAUUUCAGUUUGAAAGUAUUAAAGAAAAGAUGUAUACACAAUCUCAGACCACACUACCACCAAUAACUGCCAUUGGUAACGGUGUCGUUGAUAAUUAUAAUUCUUCACUUACCAACGGUGAUAUUGUGCAGCACCAUAUCAAACAAGAACAAGAUUUUGAACAGACUCCUUUACCUCCUAUACGAACUACACCUAUUACUCAUAAUAGCAAUAAUAAUAACAGUAACAAUCACUCUAGGAUGUCCAUAAAUCAAUUAUGUAAUGAUACGGAAUCCGAUUAUCCUGAGGAAGUAAAAGAAGUGGCAGAAGUUCUUGAAAAUAUGAAAACUUUACCUCCAAUCUCAAAUAUAUCAUCACCACCACCACAACCACAACCUCUUGAACCUCGAACACACGCAGAACCUUCACAGCUCCCAAAUUCACCAUCAGUGGAUACAGGUUUUAUGUCACGGUUAGGCGAAAUACCGAUCGUGAAGAGAACAAUUGGCGCCUAUGAAUCGGGUAAAGCCAAUUCCCCUUUCAUAAAAAUGGUCGAAUCAAGUGUAACUAGGUUUUCAAAACCUGUUAUUGAACACCUUGCUAUAGUAGAUCAAUAUGCAAGGGGUUUAAAUAAAAACGAUAAAAUUAUUGAUGAUGAUGUGUAUGGACCUUUAGUUAAUAAUAAUAAUGAUGAUAGAGGAUUUAAAAAAGAUGAUUCAGAAAGUGAACUUCGUAAAAGAAGGAAUAUGGGCUGUGAAAUUUCUCGUAGCUCGUCACCUUCAUAUAGAAACCCCUCGAGACCUCAUAGAACUUCACAAUCAUCUGGUUCUUCGAAUAGUACUUCUUAUGCUCCAUACACUUAUCCUAAUUCUACAGUAUCAACAUCUACGUCGGACUCUUCAAAAGUAACCCGAAGCCGUUGGCAACAAAUGGUUAUAGGUACCGGAGCGGCCGUUGGAGCAGCCGGAGCAGCCGUAAGCGAAGAAUCUAUGAAAAGUCUCAAAUAUUGUUUGCAGUGGAUAAAUUAUGCUACGCAACAUAUAGAUGCUCAAAUUGUAGUUUUAAAGGAAUUUAUUGUUAACCUUACAAACCCGUCUAAUCGAGCGGUUGUACAUACUUCGUCUACGUCGACUCUUGCUUCUAUCAAAAAAGAGGUGAUUGACACCUUAAGGAAGGUUAUUGAAGUAGUAUCUAAAUAUGCUGGUGCAUGUUUACCAGAUCAUGCUAAAAGAAGCGUUAGGAGUUUUAUCUUAAACUUACCAACUCGUUGGGCCUCAAUAAAUCAUACUGAACAUUCUUCUUCACCGUCCCCAAUGUCCUCUCCACAAUUGGCUCCUGCAAAUGGUCAUCCACUAAAUCAAACUACAGAUUAUGCCCGUCGCCUUUUGAGUUUAGCAACAGAAUCAUUAGAAAUGUUAAGAUCUGUUGCUGGAAUUUUCGGUGAAACUGUUGGAAAAGCAGAAGCUUUGUUAGAAAGUCUUAAAGUUGUCGGUUUUACAAGCGGAGCAACCGCCAACACUGCGGGAAAUUUACAAUUUGAUAAUAUAUGGUCAUCACAAGCCAAUGGAUCAUCUAAUGGUUAUAAUAUGUACAGUUCUCCGUCCUCAUCUGGUUCUCGUUCAAGAAGAUCAUCCAGUUCUGUACGUAUGAAUGGUCAUGGCCCACGUAAGCAUUCACGUACAACACCAGUUCUUCAUCAGGAAGAUGAUGAUGAAUCAAUCGUUAAUGGUCAUGAUUCAGAUUCAUCAUCAGAUUCCGAGAUUGAAUCCAUGCGCAUGGAAAUGGAUAACGCCCAAAAGCGCGCUCUUAAGAAUGCAAAUGUAAAAUCACAACAGCAACAUUCUAAUGGUAUAAAUGGAACCAAAAAGAGAAAGAAGGGAGGUAAAAAAGAAAACGACAGAAUGGAUCUAUCUUAAUUAUUAUCGCAUUGGAUUAUUAUAUUAUAUAUAUUUUAAACACAAACUUAGUUAGCUCUCUUUAAUUAAAGUUAGAAUAUAUAUAUAUACAUAUACAUAUA